AUGUCUGAACUAGCAGAGAAAUCAGAUGUGAUCGGCGACGCCCCUCCGACGGCAGUUUCAUUUUUCGAUCCUGCGCUCAAGAACGUGCGACGAACGGUGUAUAUCCAAUGGGUCCGCACCGUCCUAAUCCUCUGCAUCUUCGUCUUCGGCGUACUAUCAAUCUUCUGGGGCUCCCAACUCGCGACCGAAAAGAAUUUCACUGCGCUCACAGUAUGGGUCGUCGACUUGGAUGGACAAACCGAACCGUACCGCACCGAUAAUCCCAUCGUUGGCCCGGCUGUCACACACGCGACAAAACAAAUUAUAUCCUCGGACAGCCUCCACAUAGGGUUCGAGGUCCGCUCCCCAUCAGAUUUCAACAACGACCCCUGGACAAUCCGCCAAGGAAUAUACGACGAACACGCCUACGCCGCCGUCAUCGUCAAUGCAAACGCAACGCUCCUCCUCCGCGCCGCAGUCACCAACCACAAUGAAUCCUACGAUCCAACCGGCGCCAUCGAAACAAUCAUCAUCUCUGCCCGCGAUGAAACGACAUACUACAACUACAUCCUCCCCGGCCUGACAGUCCUUCAAUCCAGCAUCGUCGCGUCCUUCGGCCCACAGUGGGCCCGGGAACUAGUCGCCGCCACUACCGAUCUCUCAACCGUGCCCCCACAGGCCAUAAACCCGGGCAUCGGAUUCACCCACAUCGACCUACGCCCCUUCACCCCCGUCAUCACCGCGCCGGCUGUUUCCAUCGGCUUGAUCUACCUGAUUAUCAUCGCGUUCUUCAAUUUCCCAUUCCUCAUGCCCAUCCACGCGCAGUUCAUGAAACCCGCUGGCCAUCCACCGCUGAAGGUACCGCACUGGCUACUGUGGCGCAUAUUAUCGAACAUCGCGGCGUAUUUCUUCCUCUCGUUCUUCUACUCGCUCGUGUCCCUCGCCUUCGAGAUCCCUUUUAGCAAUGAUCCAGCCCCGGAUGUCGUCUCCGCGAGCAAUGCCAAUGCAUACGGCAAGGGCUCGUUCGUGGUAUUCUGGAUGCUGAACUGGGUCGGCAUGGCUGCGUUGGGAUUCCCCUGCGAGAACAUGGCCAUGAUUCUGGGUAUGCCGUGGUCUUCCUUCUUCCUCAUCUUUUGGGUUAUUACGAACGUGGCGACUGGGUUCUAUGCCAUUGACCUCGCGCCUGGGUUUUAUCGGUGGGGCUAUGCCUGGCCGCUGCAUCGGAUUGUCGGGGCUUUGCGGACAAUCUUGUUCGGUACGCAUUCGAGGAUUGGGUUAGAUUUCGCGGUGCUUUUUAUUUGGAUUGCUGUUUCUUUGGCGUUUUAUCCGUUUGCGUCGCUUAUCAUGCGUUGGAAGAUGAAGAGGGGGCUGUAG